UUUAUGUGUUCUAUAGUGAAUUGGCCACUCGUGAGUGGUGCAUAUGGCCCUUUAAGAGGACUCGUUCAUGUAAACAGUGGUGUGAGGAGAGAAUAGUGACCACCAUGUUUGGCUGCACCUCUCCAGCAGCCCCUGCCGUCUGGAGCACGUCUGUCACACAUGUAGGGCUCAGGUUACUGCCAAGAGUCACUUUGGCCCCUAGGAACAGCAGCUGAAGCCUUCAAGAGAGAUAGAGAGAGAUGGAAAGAUAUAAAGGGAGGGAUAAAGGCUUCCUCCACUUCUUAACUUCUCUAACAGCCUGAAUCCAUCCUGCAAUCUGGCUAUUAUUAGCCCCACUUCCUCUCCUGGUCCAAAGGGGCUUCCCACUCUUUUAGCUAUCAUCUCUUUCAACUCUUUGGACUCUGCCUUUACUAGUCUGACGUGUAUAUUCUUCAGUCUUUCAUACAGUCUAGGUUGUACAGGACCAAGCUAAACAUUGCUCUUUGGGCCAGACUCGUUUAUAUUCCUGCCAUCUAAUUAGAUUGCUGGACGAAGGAAUUCCCUCCCCUUUUAGCCACAGUCACUGGCACGCACUCUGUUCUACCCCCUCCUCGCUAUCCACAGAGCUAAGAGAAGGAAAACAGGGAUUCCGUGACUGUGGAGUCCACAGAAGCUGGAUGAAGAGUGUAACACUUUGCUUAUGACAAAGAGGAUCUGCUUGCCAAGGAAAUGGGCAGCCAUGGGUCAAAGCAAUGCUGCUAUUUGUAGGGAUCAGAACGCAACAUGUGGUGUUUGCAGUGUACAUCUGACAGAAGCCAGUCUCUGCUGGAGCUGGAGCUGGAGCCGAACAGCUGUGUGGAGGGUGAUGGUGCUGGCUGUGAGGCAGGAGCGUCUCUGGAAAGCGGAUACUCUCGUGGGCCGGUGACGCGCAGCUCCAUCAUCAGCACCGAGCACUUUGAGGCACCGUCACUUUACUCACACGAGGUCCGGCAGCGCCCGCGUCGCUCCAAACUCCAACACUCGCAAUCUAUCCUCCGCAAACAGGCUGAAGAGGAGGCCAUCAAGCGCUCACGCUCGCUCUCCGAGAGCUAUGAGCUCUCCACUGAUCUCCAGGACAAACAGGUGGAGAUGCUGGAGCGGAAGUACGGGGGACGUUUCAUAACUCGACAUGCGGCCCGGACCAUCCAGACAGCAUUCCGCCAGUAUCAGAUGAACAAGAAUUUUGAGCGCCUCAGGAGUUCUAUGUCUGAGAACCGCAUGUCCAGGCGCAUCGUCCUUUCCAAUAUGAGGAUGCAAUUUUCCUUCGAAGGACCUGAGAAAGUCCACAGCUCCUACUUCGAGGGCAAGCAGCUCUCCUUGAGCGACGACGGCUCUAAGCUGGCACAGUCGGAGCGUGGCGACAUGGUACCAGUCAACGUUAAGUCACAGGCAGGACAAAGCGACUUCACGGAUGCCAUCACCGAGCUAGAAGACGCCUUCUCCAGGCAGGUGAAGUCCCUGGCUGAGUCAAUCGAUGAUGCGCUGAACUGUCGCAGCUUGCACGGGGAUGAGGGGCAAGACGAAGUGCAACGGGGUCAUGGUGACCUGGAUCGGGACAUCACGUAUCAGGUCAAACCAUCACACAGCGGAGACCGCCGCAAGCUUGAUGAAAUGACUGCAUCGUACAGCGACGUGACCCUCUACAUUGAUGAGGAGGAACUGUCACCCCCCUUGCCUCUCUCGCAGUCCGUAGUGGACAGGACAUCCAUGGAUCCCGAACUGCAGCUGCGUGCACUAAACUCCUCACAGGACUAUUGGGUACACAAGGAAGACAAGGGCGACACUGACACUAGCUGUCGCAGCACACCGUCUCUGGAGUGCCAAGAGCAGAGGCUGAGGAUGGACCACCUCCCUCUGCUCACCAUCGAACCCCCUAGCGACAGUUCAGUGGAGCUGAGUGAUCGCUCUGAGCGCAGUUCCCUAAAACGGCAGAAUGCCUAUGAAAGGGGUGGGCCUAGCCAGCAGGGCAGCCCCAAGCGCCAUCCCUCGCAUCCCUCCCAUCCUUCCAUCCCUCGGAGAGAUGACGACGUCCCCCGGCAUCGUCCACGGCAGCUAGAGAGCCACCUGGCCAUCAACGGCACGGCCAACAGGCAGAGCAAAUCAGAGUCUGAUUUCUCAGAUGGCGACAACGACAGUGUAAACAGCACAUCCAACUCCAAUGACACAAUCAACUGCAGUUCAGAAUCAUCAUCACGGGACAGCCUGCGCGAGCAAACCCUCAGCAAGCAGACAUACCACAAGGAGACUCGUAACAGCUGGGACUCACCAGCCUUCAGCAAUGACGUCAUCCGCAAGCGCCACUACCGCAUUGGCCUCAACCUCUUCAACAAAAAGCCAGAAAAAGGUAUCCAGUAUCUGAUCGAGCGAGGGUUCGUUCCAGACACCCCUGUGGGUGUGGCUCACUUCUUGUUACAGAGGAAGGGGUUGAGUCGGCAGAUGAUCGGAGAGUUCCUGGGCAACAGACAGAAGCAGUUCAACCGAGAUGUCCUGGACUGUGUGGUGGAUGAGAUGGACUUCUCUAGCAUGGAGCUGGAUGAAGCCUUGAGAAAGUUCCAGGCUCACAUCCGGGUGCAGGGGGAAGCACAGAAAGUGGAGCGGCUUAUCGAAGCUUACAGCCAGCGCUACUGCAUCUGCAACCCAGGCGUGGUGCGGCAAUUUCGCAACCCAGACACGAUCUUCAUCCUGGCGUUUGCUAUCAUCCUCCUCAACACGGACAUGUACAGCCCUAACGUAAAGCCAGAGAGGAAGAUGAAGCUGGAGGACUUUGUGAAGAAUCUACGAGGGGUUGAUGACGGAGAAGACAUCCCUCGUGAGAUGCUGAUUGGUAUUUAUGAGCGGAUCAGGAAACGGGAGCUCAAAGCAAAUGAAGACCAUGUGUCCCAAGUGCAAAAAGUGGAGAAGCUCAUCGUUGGGAAGAAGCCAAUUGGCUCACUCCACCAUGGCCUUGGAUGUGUGCUGUCCUUACCACAUCGCAGAUUAGUGUGUUACUGCAGGCUGUUUGAGGUCCCAGAUCCCAACAAGCCACAGAAACUUGGCCUCCACCAGCGAGAGAUCUUCCUCUUCAAUGACCUUCUUGUGGUCACUAAGAUUUUCCAGAAGAAGAAGAACUCCGUGACAUACAGCUUCAGGCAGUCCUUCUCUCUAUACGGCAUGCAGGUGCUCCUCUUUGAGAACCAGUUUUAUCCCAAUGGCGUGCGGCUCACGUCAGCCAUCCCCGGUGCUGAUAUCAAGGUCCUGAUCAACUUCAACGCACCCAACCCACAAGACCGCAAGAAGUUUACAGACGACCUGCGGGAGUCCAUCGCAGAGGUGCAGGAGAUGGAGAAAUACAGGAUUGAGUCUGAGCUGGAAAAGCAGAAGGGCGUGGUGCGGCCUAGCAUCUCGCAGAGCUCUGGUCUGAAAAAGGACGCUGGCAAUGGCAACCUGAGCCGAGCCAGUCUGGACGACAGCUACGCCAUGGGGGAGGGUCUGAAGAGAAGCGCCCUCAGCAGCUCCUUACGCGACCUUUCUGAUGCAGGCAAGCGAGGUCGCCGCAGCAGUGCAGGAUCUCUAGACAGCAAUAUGGACGGAUCCAUCAUUAACAGCCCUCACAUGAGGCGUCGUGCUGCCUCCAGUCGUGACUGCCCCUCACGCCAGCACUCGGUGCCCAGCUCCUCCUCACUGCUUGGCUCAUUGUUCGGCACCAAGCGUGGCGCCAAGUCUCCCUCUCUUCCCCCGCAGCCUCCUCAUCCAUCCCACCCCACCCUGAUCUCUCACACGCCGCACCCGUCUAACCUGCACCACACAGCACGCGAUAGCACAAGCCUAAGCGACACACAUCCACCACACCACACUCAAUACUGCCACGUUCAGCAGAACCCACCUCCAUACCACCACCACCACCACUACCACCCACCUGCACACAUCCAGUACCACCCCUCUUCUGCAGCCGCCUCUUCCUCCCAUGGCCAUUCCCAUGCGCCACACACUCACGGCCCACACGCUCAGCACCCGCCCCACCCUUCCCACCUGCAGCACCACCACAGCCAGGUUCCACCCCCGGUAGCCGGCCCCGGCAGCGCAAAGCCCAAACACAGCGGCAUCAGCACUGUGGUGUGAAGGACUGAGACUGGGACUGACUUUCCAGAGGCACCUUGGCAGAUUUGUUCUAUAGCUGGUAUGUGAAAGACUCUGGCCCAGGAACCAAUUGGGCGAAUGAAAACAAACAAAGGCAUUGUGACUCGUUUCAUUUCAUUUAGAGCCCCUUUCCUCUGGGAAGAGAAAGGGGACGCACACUGUGUAGCACUGGCUUUCUCUUCCAGGCUUUCAGAGGGCUGCUAGACCCCGUGGAUUUCCCACCUCCUUUUCCACAUUUCCUGCACAUCACCGUUCAACUGUUCACUCCCAGACAAUGCUGCUUUUUCCUCAUUAGGGUCGAGUCAUACUUUUUUCUUCUUCUUUUUUUUUUUUCUUCCUUUUUCCCCCUCCCCAACUUUACACCUGGACGUCUGUCCAGCUUUCACGAAAUGACAAUGCCAAGCAUGCACAAAGACCAUAGCUACUGUUUUAUCUUGUAAUUAAUUGCUUAUGGAGCACUAUAAAACACCCUGCUUGCUAAUUAGCAGAAACAAACAGUCUCAGUAGAAUGAUAAUGCCUAGAAAUGGAGAGUUUAAAUACAAUGGUCAACAGUCUAGCCAUGAAUCAAGUCGCUCACAAAGACGUACGUGUUCCAGUAUAUAAUGUAGCUGUAGACCACAGUUCUCUGUGAAAUAGUUAGCAGUCUUUAAUGUGCCAAUUAUUCAAAAGCAGUUACUGAGUUAGUAAGAAAUGCUUUGUGUAUGUCGUGCAUAUACUAUUUUGUAAAAUAAUAUCAACAAUCAAUAUUACUGUUACAGAACAAAAUGCGUCCGAGGCGUGAGAUGAAAAGAAGAAAAAAAAAAGAAUCUCAGUAUUAUACUCUUGAAGUAGAAGAUCUAGUCUCACUAGUUAUCAAACUCAGUCCAACUCUUUUGAUUAGGUGAGUGAGGGCUUGACCUGAAACUCCUCUGGUUGCCUUUGAAGCAAAACUCUGAGAAUCUUCUGUUCCGGCAGAACUGUGUUUACUGCACUCAUCUGCUCAUCGCUGACCAAUCAGGAGGCAGAAGAGCAGGAGGAAGGAGUUAGCUAAUGCAGGAAUCCUCCUUAGGCCUUGACUUAUCAGUCUUGGCCACUUAGUGCACCACGGUUUUAUUUUUUUAACUAUUUUUUUAGGGGUGAAUAAAAUGAUAUGAAGUAAAAGAUGAUCAUGAUCAAGCAGAUUUGACUGAGGGGGUAUUUUGGGGGUAAAAACAAACAAACAAACAAACAAACAAACAAACAAACAAAAAAACAUACAUGCUUUGCUCAAGAGGAUUUAGACUGUUGUUUUUGACUUUAAGGAGGGAGGCAACAUUUCAGAGUGACUAAUUUCUUUCCCCAUAUUUCAAGAGAUUUCUCCCGGGUUCUUGCUGUGCUAUUUGUGUUCUCAGCGGGCUGAGUGAGUGUGUGCCCCUUCAACCCCCGGGUGAUGCCGUUUGUGCUUCUGCAUGCAGCGUAGAAUGAAACGGGCUUUCUACAACUCUGCUUUUGGUCUGUUUGGGUUUCUUUUUUCCUUUCUUUUUUUUUUUUUCGAGGAAUGCCUUUCACUUGCUCACAAAUCCAGCUGAGUAUUGUAUGAAGUAGUGUGUAGCAGGAGUCGAGAUAUUGUACCUUAUGACAGAAGAUUUGAGUAGUGAGGUUUAAAUCAUAUUUUUCCACACACGUCUUCAAUUUUUGUAACUUGCUUUAUGCUGUGUAUAGAAAGGACUUGAAGUUAUGAUCUGAUUCACGUGAUCUUAGCCCAGAGAAGAAAGCUCUAAAUAGCACUUGUCUCAUUUUUGUAAGUAUUCACUUAUGUACAGCAACUGUGAUAGAAACUUGUUCUAUCCGAGACGAAUAUCAGCAGUGAAGAGAUUUGAUUAGCAAGUGAUAUUUUUUUUUCCCAGCAGUCUUUGUCCCAUUCUUUUUUCCUUUGGUUUGUUUGUCUGUCUGUUGUUGUUUUUUUUUUUGUACUAAUCAUAUGUGCAAUAUGUAUGUUUAGGUUUUGUAAAUGAACAUUUGCAAUCUAGUGACAGACCUUUUUUUUUCCCCCCCUUUCCCUUUAAGCGUGUCCUUGUCUUUUAAUUCUGCAUUGCUGCUCUCCCUCCUUUCUCUGUUCUAGCGACUUGCAGUGAGGAAUGUCAACUGAAAUACUCUUGCAUGUAACAUUAUACUGUAAGGAUAUUCUCUAAAUAUUGUAUAUUCCCAGAAAUAUCAGUGUUACCUUUGACUGUUGUUGAAAUUUAAGUGACAUUAAAAGUAUGUAAACUUCUCUUCAUGCGACUGUGUUCCUAUGGAAGUCAUUUUGUCAUAUUUUGUACCAGAAGAUAUUCCACUAUAGAUAAAAUGAAUAGAACCAGCUAUAUUCCAGCUAUCAAGUACACACUGUGUAUCGAGGCUUUAAAAGCAGAUCAAGCUUCUCAGCUACUGUAAAGAUGUUGUAUAAUCCUACUACAAUUUACAUAUUAAUUAUAUACUGUAACACCAUUAUUAAUGGCGGGUAUCAGUGUGAGAAGUGUUUAAAGUAAAUCACUUAUCACUGUAUUAUUAUUAUUAUUAUUAUUAUUAUUAUUAUUAUUGAUGCUGUUGUUAAUGUUCCUUGAAUGCUGCUCUCAGAUCCAGGUUCAGGUUUGUAAUUCGCAUAGUAGACCAACAAUAAUAUAUCAGCUGGACCUUUUCCAUUUUUUGCAUAGGUAAUAUUUAUGAAGCCAUGCCACAAUAAAGAAUGAACUUAACAGAUUACCUCGAAAGGAAAUUAGAGCAUCAUGAAAUAAAUUGAUUUCUGGGACAAAGUAAGGAAAAAAAAGCAAAUGUCUACAUUUUUUGUUUUCCUUUUGUUGUUGUUUUUAAGGCUUUUUUUUUUGUUGGUUGGUUGUGUUUGUUUGUUUGUUUGUUUGUUUUUUGUUUUAUUUGAAUGCAGCAGAUAGCAAGUGUAAUGCUUUAAUCGUGUGCAGUACAGGGCUAACAGUCUAAAACUUGUGUUCUACUGCAUGCAUUUUCACUGUUGAUUGAAUUGUCAUCUACCAUAAACUUAGGAAAUUUACUUAUUUGUUUUAUUCUGCUUUUUCCCUUGCGCUCUGUAUGAUUGGAUGGGGCUUUUUUUGUUGUUGUUUUUUGCUUGCUCUUACAUUUUACACCAAUUUGCUGCACAUUAGCAUGUAUUCUGGUUUUACUUGUUAAAAAAAAAAAAAAAAGAAAAGAAAAAAGGGAAUCAUUGUGUGUGUGUGUGUGUCAGAGUGUCACUGUUCAUAUGACAAACUUAUAAGGAAAUGGGGGAAAAAAGGUUGCCAAUAUCUUUAAAAUCUAUUUUAAAGGGAAGGGUAAGGGUUAUAGGGCUAAUGUGUGUAUAGAGUCGGUGUAUUAUUAGUAUUUAAUUUGUCAACCAUCAAAUACCAUGGGUACAUUUUUAUCUCUUUAAAGAAACUUAUUAACCCACUUAUAUUAUUACCAAAUGUUUUCGAUUUAGCAUUGGGUAGAUCUUACAAACUGGCUGUUACCUGAAUUUCUCACAUUUAGUCUGACAUUCUCUCUCAGUCUCUGCAUUCUCUCUCUCUCUCUCUCUCUCUCUCUCUCUCUCUCUCUCUCUCUCUCUCACUCAUACACACACACACACAAUGUAGUUCAUUUUAUAGGCCUAGUUAUCAGAUCAAGACAUGAGAAUAUUCAUGUUAAUAUGUAUUCUGUUUCUAAGUAGAUUGAGACCCGAUAGAUGUAAAUCUAUAACUGUGACCAUGUGAUUAUCACAAAAUAAAUAUAUACUGUCAGAUUCA